AUGACUGGUCCUGUCACCAACCAUGACGACACGACAUUGCAGAUCUCGCCUCCGGCCACGGCAAGUCCCUCAUCAGAGCCAUCACCGCCAGCUCGACCCGUUGCAAAUCGAGCGGCAACGCCCCUAGGUCUUUUUCUCGACAGCUCUGGCUUCAGCAGACCAAGUACUAGCACCAAGGGUCCAACAAUUGCUGGCGGCGCUGGCGCUGGCAUGGGACCGACUGGGCACAGGGCCGAUCUGUCACCCGCUGGGACGCCAGACCUGGCUGCGGUCUCGCCCGGCCCUGCACAUACCAGCGCCGUCGCUGGUGUUGUUGAUUCAGUGCCAUGUGCAGACCAGGAACAACAGCAAAAGCGCCCCGAUCCCAGCCUCGAAACCAUCGUCAGUUCUGAUCCUGCCUCUGGCUCUGAGUUUGGCUCUGGCUCUGGCUUUGCCUUGCCAACCUCUCCAUCUACUCUCGGCUCCUCGCUCCACAGCGUCCACAGCCCCAGUGCACCCGCCAGACCUCACCCAAUCCGGGCCCCGUCCCCGGCCGACCCUCGAGACUCGGUCAGCCAAAUGACAAAGUCAACGCCGCCCCCCGAUCGCGAUGCAGAACUUGGCUCUUCUGCCGAAGUCGUUGAUGAACGUCCACUUCGUACCGCAAGCGUUAGGGCAGACACGCGCAUGGUUCAUCCAAAGCCAAUAGCCCGCCCGCCGGCCAUGAGCCACGGCGUUCCUGACAAGUUGAUCCGAUCCGGAUCUGCUGCAGGGAACAUAGCCCAACUCGAAGCCACUGCUGAGCGGCUGUCCAUGACGAGUUCCAUCGACGACGCUAUCCGCGACCUGCAUGGCGAGUUGAAGAGAAGUGACAGCAGACGGUCAGCGAAGCUCGCACUGGCCACGAUGGCCUCGGUCGACGAGAAUACCACUUCUCCUGCUAGCCAGCUCACUCGACACCUGUCUUCGACCUCCUCCAUCGUCUCCACUAAUAACGCUGCGAGACACGGUGGCUAUUCCCCUGCUGGCUUCGUCUUGUCACCAAACACAUCGCUUACGAGUCGCCUUCGAUCCGGCUCCGGCAACUCGUCCGGAAGACAAGAUGCAACCCACGAGACAAUACUUUCUAGACAUGGCCCUGGAAAGUCGUCCGUCCGAAGUGUUCGGUCCACCAAGCUGUCACUUGCCGAAAUUUCCGAGUCGGAGCCAAUAUCUCUGAAUCAAAAAGCCUUUGACGAAGCUGAUGCCGCCCCGCCACUUGAAGAGCAGAGUGCCGAGAGUCUCCAAUUGCCAGAGGAAACCAUCGUGGGCACGUCCGGCACCGAUGCGUUUCAUCAGCUGCGUGAGGACAUCUUGGGACCCCUACCUGACCCUCAGCAUGCUCUCAUGCAUACGCUGCCCCCAGCACCACUGGGUCCAGAAGAGUACCAGCACGAGCAACGCCCAGAGAGCGUCCACUCGAACAACACUUUCGAGCAAGCUCGCGAUGCUUUCAUCGACUUUGACGGUGUGCACUGUGAGCCUCAAAACGAGGAAGAUUUGUACGCGCCACCGGAAAUGGAGCCGGAUUUGCCGACUCCUCGCCCUAUACCCAUCUCGAUGCCUCGGCCGACCUCCUAUAUCGACCCUUCAACCGGCCAGAAGAUGCUAUACUACCCUGCACGCGUGCCUGCUAUGCUCAACCUGCCUCCUAAGCUGUCUUCCAAGCCCAAGGCUGCUACUAGGAACCAGAGACGGUCCCAGGUUCUCAGCAUGAUGAUGGACGCUCCUACUACUCAGGACAUCUCAGCAUCUCCCAAACGGAAGCGGCAGUCCACAUUUAGCGAUCUGAAGGGCAUAUCCUCCGCCGCACAGGAGGCUCCGGCUCGGGAUUCAUGGCUACCGGACCCCAUUGCUCAUCACCGAGACUCUUUUGCUGCGCUGUCCUCAUUCGACCCUUUCGAUGGCAGUGAAGCAAAGUCUUUGCACGCAGCCGCCGAAGACUCGCCACCCACUCCGCCGCCAGAGCAAGCGGCACACUGUGAUGUGGUGCCAGAGCCCUUGCGCCGCCCCGAACGAUUGUCAAAAGCGCUCAAGGAGAACCGAAAGUCAAAGGCAUCCAUGCUUGACACGUUGCCACCACAGCUUAGAGCUAGCGCUUUCUUUGAUCUUCCGCCUGUCACCCAUGAAGUGGAGAUAAAAGACGGCUCCGCCAUGGCCACCCUUGACAGCAUUCUUGACGCCUCUACCAGUGCACCUGUUAGUGCUUUCACAGACCAUGUCUAUGCUGGCAAGCUUGGAUCCGAAGUGUAUGGAAAGACAAAGAAGAAGACGGCUCGUCAAUCUGUUGCCACUUUAAACGGGCUUGCCCCAGAACCUCAGGCGAAGAAGAGAUCAUCUAUGAUGUGGCUCGGAAAAAGAAACUCUAGCCACAAUAGCGACGAACAGAAACGGCCGUACAGCAGCAGCAUAGCGGCUACGACACCAGAGGCAGAUGGAUCUCAAGAUGGACGACAUACGCCGGGCAGCGCCGACAGUGCCAAUGGGGAUAUUGAAGUUGAUGCCGACAAGGGUGACAAUGAGGACGGGGAUGAGGAAGGGGGCGAGACAGCGGCUGCCGAGGAUGCCUACCUCGGUCCUCCUACAACGCUGCUUGCUGAACUGCAGUUGCGCAAACUUGAACAAAAGCAGCGAGUGAGAAACAUGGGCAAAGGUCUUCCUAACGGCAUGUAUGCUACGCUUUUGGACAUGGACACAGUGGCAGAGGCUCAGAGGAAGAACCGUCAGAACAAGAGAGUCAAUCUGGCUUGGGAAGACCCAGGCGCAAAUUUAGACCAGAACGGAUCCGAUGACGAAGAUGUGCCUCUGGCCAUUCUUGCCGCGAUGCAACGCGGGGCCAAGAAUUUGGCAGAUUUGGAUCGGCCCAUGGGUCUGAUGGAACGCCGAGAACAGGAGGACAACGAACCUUUGAGCCAUCGCCGAGCUCGUCUACAGGGACUAGAUGCGCCACCACCUGUGUUGAACCAACGCCACAGUGUUAUGUCUUUAUCUGCCGCCCAAGCCCUGGGGGUCCCGUCAUCAACCCCCCGAGUGGAAGUCGUGCCGAGCCCUGAGCCACAAGUGGAGGAGUUGGAAGAAGAAACGCUAGGUGACAGGCGUCGCAGACUUGCAGCCAAGGAUGGGGAACUACCAAAGGCUCGCCCAGUCAGCCGCGCUUUUUCGGCCGAGCUACUGAGCCAGUUUGGAGAUGCAGAGGAUGAAACAAACGAAUCAAAGAGCAAGAAGGGUGAUAAAAAGGAGGCACAAGGUGCGGGCGCAUCUGGUGAAGAAGAGACCCUAGGACAACGCCGCCGACGACUGCAGGCAGAACGCGAAGCUCGGCAGCGAGAGAUCAAUUACGGCAACUUGGCGGGCGACCAGCCAGCCCAGGAACCUCGACGGCGACUCAGCCUUGCCAAUGUGCUAGCUGCCCAUCCCAAGAGGGAAUCAGACAGACGAGCACAAGAGGAGAGCCUGCGAGCCGAGGAACAAAGACGCGCCGCCCAAGAACGGGACGCCAAGAUGGCAGCCAUGAGAAUGCAGAUGCCCUCUUCACUGUCCCAGUCAGGCCUCGAACGAUCUGGUGGGUUCCUAGGCGGUGCCUUCAAUGACGGCACGGGCGGCCAUGGGCCUAAAGCAGCUUUGUCUAGCACUGCUGUCAACACUCAGGGCAUCUUACCUAGCAAGCGAUCGAGUGUGAUGACAAGUUACGGGCCCGGAUACGGAGCCCCAAUCGGCCAGCCUGGGUACGGUGUAAUGAAUGGCUAUGGGCAAGGCUAUGGGGGGAUGAACUCUAUGGGUUCCUUUAAUGGCCGGCCUGCAACGCAAAUGUAUGGCACUGGCAUGAUGUCUAUGCCUAUGAACAACGGGUCCAUGGACCGUGUCGAACAAUGGCGAUACGACGUCCGACCAUGA